CAGAAACUCAGUACGCGUCGUGUCGUUCAGACGACACUUGGGCAACCGAUAGCUGCUGCUUGUACACCGCCAUUUCAAAAGCUCCUGCUUCCGCCUACCAAGUUAGUGAAUUAGUGAAUCAGUUCAGAAAUGGGGUCAAAAACAAACCUUCCAAACUUCUCGGAAACAAAGCCUCCAUAUUUUGGCACCCGCCAUGUGCAAUGUUUCUUGGUAUUCCUCGGUCUCUCGGCAGCCCUCAUGCAUCGUGUGAAUCUCUCUGUGGCAAUUGUGGCAAUGAUGGAUAGGAAUUCGACAAAUCCGAACUUUGAGGAAUAUCAAUGGUCGGAGAAGACGAAAUCGUAUCUGCUCAGCAGUUUUUUUUGGGGCUACUUUCUUACGCAGAUUCCCACCAGUCAGCUGGUGCACAAAUUUGGUGGCAAAGUCAUGCUGCUUGGCAGUGUAUCACUUAGCGGCUUAUUAGCUUUGUUGACACCGCUUAGCGCUCGUAUUGGUGACUGGAAAUUACUCUUUGCGCUACGCUUGUCUCAAGGCCUAAUACAGAGUGGCAUUUUCUCGUCGAUACACAUGCUUUUGUCGAAAUGGGUGCCGCCCGUAGAACGUGGCUCACUUGGCACAUUUUGCUAUAGUGGCAUGUCUUUUGGCAGUAUUGUAAUGAUGAUGGUUAGCGGUUGGAUUGCUGCAUCCUCAUUUGGUUGGCCGGGUAUAUUUUAUUUCUCCGGCUUGGUCAGCCUGAUAUGGGGUAUAGUUUGGUACUUUUUAGGCGCCAGCUCACCAAAUGACCAUAAAUGGAUAUCAGUAGAGGAAAAAUUAUUUAUCGAGUCAGCAUUAGUGACAGAACACGAGCAUACAUCCACAAAGACACCAUGGCUAAAGAUACUCACAUCAGUGCCUUUCUGGGUAUUGCUGGUGGCACAGAGCACAGGCGCUUGGGGCUUUUGGACACUACUAACACAAAUUCCGUCAUAUAUGAAGAGCAUUUUGGGACAGGACAUCAAAAGCAAUGCACUAAUGUCGGCUACACCCUAUCUGGCUUAUAUGUUUCUAACAUUUGUAUUUUGUGCAUUAGCGGAUUUUCUAAUUAAACGUGGGUAUACGAGUGUAAAUGCAAGCCGUAAACUGUUCAACACCAUUGGUUUUUGGGUGCCGGUGGUGCCACUCAUCUUGCUUGGCUAUGUGCGCGCUGAUCAAAGCCAGUUAGCCCUGGGUCUCUUAGUGAUCGCAGUUGGUGUGACUACCGCUGGUUCGCUAGGUUUUCUUACCAAUCACAUUGAUUUAUCGCCCAACUAUGCUGGCAUUCUGAUGGGGUUGGCUAAUUGUGCUGCGAAUAUUAUGAGCUUGCUUGCGCCAUUAACGGUAGGCUUCGUCGUCACAGAUGUGAAAAAUGUACAACAGUGGCGUGUGGUAUUCUUCAUUGCGGCUGGCUUAUACUUUAUUGGUAAUCUAUUGUUUGUCUUGUUCGGUAAAACUGAAAUCCAAUCGUGGAACUACCCCAAAAGGCAUAAAGGCUCACGUGAUCAUAUAAAAUUUGAAACAAUUAAUAUGGAUAAUAUAAAGGAAUGAUAUAUGCUCAUUUAUUAUAGGUAUAUCAACAAUGGGAAAAUAUAAGUGAAAGAAAUUUUUCUACAGGUAUAAAGAAA